AUUUUUGUUUGAAUAACAACAACUAUUGAGUUUUCUGAUACGGUGAUAAAAAAUUGUAUGAUUAUAUUUCUCUUAUCUUGAACUUUGUUUGGAAUUUAUUGUAAGAUGAUAAACAAAAAACUAUGCUGUAGGUAAAGCAAUGGAAAUUAAUCUUGUAUUCAGUUAGAAGGAAAACCCUGUUGUGAUCAUGUCGUCUUCCUACAGUUCAAUUCUAACCAUCGCGUGUGUUCUUCUAACAUCACACUUUAACAUAACUUAUUCAGCUCGCAUUCUUGGAGUUGUUAUAACUCCUUGCAAAAGUCAUCUAAUAGUUCAUACUGCAAUAUUGAGUGCUUUGGCCGAACGCGGCCAUAAUAUCACAGUUUUAACAACAAUACCAUUGGUUACUGAAAAUACUCAUUUCCGACAUAUUCAACUGGAAACUCGGAAUGUUCGACCGGGUUUCUAUACCAAACUCAUAAAUGAACGCCCACCAUGGUAUGUCAAGAUGUACGAAAACAUCCAGGAAGCUACGAAUUACUCAAACUACAGCUUCAAUACUCCAAAAAUGAAGAAACUGAUGGAUGAAGAAUCAUUUGAUUUGAUAAUCUUCGGUUAUCUAUUUAAUGAAUUUCUUUUAGGGCUACAAGCUCAUUUUCAAUGUCCGGUAAUAAUAUCGCUUCCGGUUCGACCACUCGGUAGUAUCAAUGGUUUGGUUGGAAAUCCUCCCGAAGUUUCCUAUGUUCCCAGUUUGCUGAGUGGUGAUAAGCAGCCGUUAGGGUUUGUGGAGAGAGUUAGAAAUUUCAUGUACAUUAACAUAUUGGAAGAAUUGAUGCUGACGUAUUUUUAUCAAUGGUACCAGUCUGAUGUGUAUAAAUCAAUUUUCCCGCCCGACAAAUAUCCGUCUCUCGACGAAGUGAAGAAGAAUGUUUCACUGAUUUUGACAAAUCAUCACUUCAGUCAAACACCGAUUCGUCCAAAUGUUCCAGCUAUGGUAGAAAUCGGUGGAAUUCAAAUUAAGGAAAAACCUAAUCCAUUACCUGAGGAUAUCAAAAGCAUUUUGGAUAGCUCCACUAAACAUGGAGUUGUUUACUUCAGUCUUGGAACAAAUGUUCAAGGAAGCUUUUUAAACAGCUCAAAAGUCAAGAUAAUAUUUGAUGUCCUCUCAAAACUUCCCCAAACAGUUCUCUGGAAAUGGAGCGACUCAGAGGUUCCUCCUGGAAUAUCACCAAAUAUCUUCUACAAGAGUUGGCUGCCUCAAGAUGAUAUUCUAGCACACAAAAAUGUCAAACUCUUUGUCACACAUGGUGGGCAGGGAAGUGUUGUUGAGUCACAACACCACGGGGUACCUAUGGUUGGUAUACCACUGUUUAGUGACCAAUCUUCAAAUAUGGAAAAUGUUGCAAAACAAGGAUUUGGUCUAUCAGUGGAUUAUCAAUUUUUGACUGAGAUAGACUUCAACAAUGCUGUUCAGGAGGUUUUGUCGAACAAAAUAUACACUGAAAACGUGAGAAGAUUUGCGGAAAUCUACAAAGACCGUCCAAUGACAGCUAAGGACACAGCUGUUUUUUGGGUGGAAUAUGUCUUGAGGCAUCAUGGUGCACCACAUAUGCAAAGUCCAGCUGUUUAUUUGAACAAUUUCCAGUUGCUGUCACUUGAUGUUAUUGGAUUUUUGUUGGCUGUUGUCUACAUAUCUUUUAGGAUUAUCAAAGUAAUGUUCUCAUUGAUCCUUGGCCUGUUCUGGGAGAAGAAAAAGGUCAAAAAUGUGUAAAUAAUGUCAUAAUUUAAAUAAAAUCAGAUAAGAAAUGCAAGUCCUAUCAAAUUUUUACUUCUCAA